AUGUCCCACCGAAACCACAGAUUCGACCCCAUCGUCAUCGACGACGACGACGACGAAGACGACGAAGCAGGAGGCAUGCAAGUCGACUUUUCCCACCAACAGCGCCAGCGUGGGAUGUUUGGCUACGAUACACCAGAUCACAUCCGCGGCUCUCCAUCAAUAUACCACACAUCUAUCGAGCAGGAGAAGAAAGUCCGUAGCCGGCUCCGCGAAGAGAGACAUGCGGCGCUGUCGGUGCUUAUGGAUAGGGAACUUUUGAUGGUUCAGGCUUUGGCUGCUCAGGAGACCCUCCCCCAAACCCGCCGCCGCUUCCUGACAAAACUCAUCGCCCCCGAAGACCCCGACAUCGCGGCCUCAAUCCGCGCAGACCGAUUCAUCAUCCAAGCUCAGCCUCAGUAUUCGGCAUCUUCGUCGUCGUCGUCGAAUACCGUGCCUGUGCCUGUGUGUAGAAAUAUCGUUGAUGUCUGUGAAACCGACGAUGCGGGGUGGAUGAAGCCGAAGCCGAAGACUAGGGAAAUGGCUUCCUCCUCACCUGUGGGUGGGGGUGCGAGUGGGUCUGUGUCGAUGUCGUCUUCGGCUAAGAGUGGGAAGAGUAAUAGUCGGACGCCGGAUCGGGGGAGGAUGGGGAAGGCGAGGGCGUCGAGUAGUCGGCAUCAUCAUCAUAAUCAGCAGCAGAAUCGGGAGAGGGAUCGACGGAGGAGGUGGAGUGGGGCGGAGAGGGAUGAUGGGGGGUUUGCGGUGCAGAGGUUUUCGCCUUGA